CGCACUCGCGCGGUACAUCUUCACUGUUGUGUUUACAUGAUGUCGUGAAGUCGGUAGCACGCUGACACUGUGUCACCACCAGUGAAAACAAAGUAGCUCCAUUUGUUUAACAAUGGCGACUAAUUAACGGGUGUCUCUUCCUUCCACUGUUUCAGAGUCAGAAACCUCCUGAAAGCCUUUUACUCUUUGAACAUGUCUGAUGCGUGCAGCUCUGAACCUGCCAGAGCCAUCAAGGCCAUUGACAAGCACUCAGUACAUCAGAUCUGCUCAGGACAGGUGGUGCUGACUUUGGCUACGGCUGUCAAAGAGCUGGUGGAAAACAGCAUAGACGCAGGGGCCACCAACAUUGAUGUCAGACUGAAGGAGUGUGGAGCUGAACUAGUGGAGGUGUCUGACAAUGGCAAAGGAGUAGAAGAAGCCAACUUUGAAGGACUGACAUUAAAGCAUCACACUUCAAAGCUGAGGGACUUUUCUGAUCUCAUCCAUGUGGAAACAUUUGGCUUCAGAGGUGAAGCCCUCAGCUCUUUAUGUGCUCUGAGUAAUCUGAGUGUAGUGACGUGCCAUGAGUCCAGUCAGGUCGGGACCAAGCUGGUGUUUGACCACAAAGGGCACCUAGUGCAGCAGUCACCCCAUCCCCGGCAGCAAGGCUCCACAGUCAGCCUGCAGCAACUCUUCUACACCCUGCCUGUUCGACACAAGGAGUUCCAACGCAAUAUCAAGAAGGAGUAUGCCAAAAUGAUACAUAUUCUGCAGUCUUACUGUGUCAUCUCUACUGGAGUGCGUAUUACCUGCUCCAACCAAAAUGGGCAGGGAAAGCGCAGCACGGUCCUCAGCACCAGCGGCAGCCAGUGUAUGAGAGACAACAUAGGGGCCAUAUUUGGACCAAAACAGAUACAGAGUCUUCUGCCUUUUCAGCAAGUGUCCCCCACAGAAAAUGUUAUUGAAGAAUAUGGACUCAAAGAUGCAGAUCUACCCAAACAGCUGUUUUCCAUCACAGGGUUUGUGUCACGAGGAGACCAUGGUGUUGGGAGAAGUGCCACAGACAGGCAGUUCUUUUUCAUUAACAACCGGCCUUGUGAUCCCCUUAAGGUGACCAAACUUGUGAACGAAGUGUAUCAUAUGUACAACAGACAUCAAUAUCCAUUUGUUGCCUUGAACAUAGCCGUUGCUUCUGAGUGUGUGGAUGUGAACGUCACCCCAGACAAACGCCAGAUUUUUCUUCAAGAGGAGAAACUCUUAUUGGCUAUUCUGAAGACGUCUCUUAUCAACAUGUAUGAGGCUGGAGUCAAUAAGAUCAGCCUGAACUACACACCCAUACCCAGCACCAAUACAACAGCAACUGAAAUCUGUCAGGUUUUCUCAUCUAAUGAGAACAAGGCAGAACCCGGAGAGGAACCCGUCACUCAGAGGCCAAAGUCGUCACUAAACCUGGCCGGCCUAAAAGCUGCUUAUUCAAGUCAUCAGAGCUCCAAUUCAAGUGUGGCAAAAGCUGCCAACAGUGGCCCAACACAGAAAACACUGCAGUCUUUUUUUAAAGGCAAUGUCAAACCUCCUUCCUGCACCCUGAGUGGGAAAUCUCCUUUGAAACCCACAAGAGAUCUAGCUAAAUGCUCCCCGGUGGGAAAGUCAGUGCUGGAUGGGUUCAGGUAUGGAGCAACAUUCAGUGAUACAGACUCUGAAAAAGACAGCGCUGUGUCCGGUUGUGACGUUACCAUGGCAACACCAGAUAUUCAGUUCAGAACACCUGAACCAGACACCGACAGACCCGCUGUGAAAGAUGAAACAUUCGAAGAAACGUCUGACCAUAGUCACGCUGUUCCUGAAGACCCAGAGUUACAGACUGAGCCGCACGCCUCCAGCGAGGACUGUACUGUGAGUCCGGAUGCCAAGAGGGCCAGGUCAGAGAAACUUAAGUUCCCUACAGAACAGAAAUCCAACACUUUUUCACACUGUUUUGAGAAAUCUUCCUCAACGGUGGAUGCUCCAGUCUGCCUACAGAGGAGGACGGUGCCUCUCCAGUUCUCUUUACAAGAGCUGGCAGGGAAGGUGAAGAGGUUAGAGGACCAGCGGAAACAGAAGGCCGAUGACAGUCUGCGUUAUCGGCGCUUCAGGGCCAAGAUCAAUCCUGGAGAAAACCAGAGUGCAGAGGAAGAGCUCAAGAAAGAGAUCAGUAAGGAUAUGUUCAAACAAAUGGAGAUCAUUGGUCAGUUUAACCUGGGCUUCAUUAUCACCAAACUCAACUCAGACAUCUUUAUGAUCGACCAGCACGCCACAGACGAGAAAUACAACUUUGAGAUGCUGCAGCAGCACACUGUGCUCCAAGGACAGAAACUCAUAGUCCCUCAGAAGCUUCACCUCACUGCUGUCAGUGAAAAUGUACUCAUAGAGAACAUUGAGAUUUUCAGAAAGAACGGCUUUGAAUUUCUUGUCAAUGAGGAAGCUCAGGUGAUGGAGAGGGUUAAGCUGGUAUCUCUGCCCACCAGUAAAAACUGGACAUUUGGCCCAGCCGACAUUGAAGAGCUCAUCUUCAUGUUGAGUGACAGCCCGGGGGUCAUGUGUCGACCAUCCCGUGUCAGGCAGAUGUUUGCCUCCCGAGCCUGUCGGAAAUCUGUGAUGAUCGGCACUGCUCUGAGCGUCAGUGAGAUGAAGAAGCUCCUGGUUCACAUGGGGGAGAUUGAGCAUCCAUGGAACUGUCCUCACGGCAGGCCCACCAUGAGACACCUCGCCAACCUGGACAUGAUCUCACAAGACUGACCACAUCAAGGAAGCAACCUUACUUCACACUGGCUUAAUGCAACUGGAAUGUGCUUUCAUUACAGUUUAUUUCUGUUAAAGAUCACCCUUGAUAAUGUACCAAUAGACAAGAAGAGUCCAAACCAUAGAUUCUGUAUAUUUGUAUGGUCGAAUGCUUGGUAUUGAUUGUUUAGUGUGUCUAUCUUUAUAUCUGUUAAGAUAUGUUCUGAUUUUAUUAGUAUUUUGCAUCACAAAAUAAAUGUUUUUAUAUUUUAGGACCCAAUUAAUCGGGGGAAAUAAACAAGAUAUACUGCAACAA